UAGAAUUAUUUUAUAAAUUUAUUGAAAGAAAAAACGAUUAAUACCUUUAAGAUGGUUAUAUAACCGUUCUAAACGUUACGAAUAUUAAAAGAUCCAUUUCUGCAAUGUCUAGUAGUCAUCGAAGAUUUCUUCAACUAUUGAAAAAUUGGCCUGUUGAUCCAUCAAAACAGGGAAGAGAUCUUGGUCAGCACAUUCGAGAUCAAGUCAAAAUUGCGUUUGUGAAUGGCGAAGUUUUCCCAGGAAAUCAACAGAAGUGUGAUUUAGAAUAUUUAGCUUUAAAACGUAUUAGUGAAAGUCAACAUGCUAAACAAUAUCCCAGAACAUUAAAAUCAUCUGCAUUAGGUCUUUCUUUAGAAGAGUGUUCAAGUCUUGUUUCAAACGAUUUUUUAAAAACUGUUGAAGAAGAGGAGCAAGGUAUAUUUAAAAGAACUCUAAAUAAAAUUUUCAAAUCUAAAGACUCAAAAUAA